AUGACCAAGCGCACCAAGAAGGUCGGUAUCACCGGUAAAUAUGGUACCAGAUACGGUGCCUCCCUGCGUAAGCAGGUGAAGAAGAUGGAAAUCACCCAGCACGCCCGCUACGUCUGCACCUUCUGCGGCAAGAACACCGUCAAGCGCAAGGCCGUUGGAAUCUGGGAGUGCAAGGGCUGCAACAAGACCGUUGCCGGUGGCGCCUACACUGUCGCGUAA